UCCUCUCCCCUCUGAAUCUCAUUGAUCCAGGCGCUGGUAAUUAGCCCUUCCCGUCGUGCCUGUGUAAUGAAGCACAUGCGCACUGAAUUAAUCAGCCAUUUUUUGCAGGAAACUAAUUAGCAGAAUAAAGAUCCAAAGAGUUUUUUUUUCGCUCGGCGACCAUCAGAUGUGAGCGCGGCUCCUGGUGUCCGGAGCUUCUCCCCCCCGGCUCCAGCCCCACAGCCCCUGCACCGUGCACCGCUCCGGGGCUCAGCCCGAGCGGCUUCAUGGGACCCCGGGAAGAGCCGGAUCGGACUAAUCCAAAGAAGAAGAAGAGCCGAGCCGAAGCGUGCAGCGCCGCCGGUGCGCACCCGGGACCGGAGCCCGCAGCUCCAAUCCGAGCCGUAUUGGGUGCAAUGAACUCUACGCGCAGAGCUCGCCAUGGAAGGCUGUGACACGUCUGUCAUUGCUGGGAAGGACAAUGGAUGCAGCGCUUCUCGAAACCAAAAAUGGACUGAACUCAACCGCGCCCUCCACCUUGACCGAUCUGGCAGCAUGGAGCAGCCCAACAUGGAAAGCCGUGUGUCUCUGGAAAGUCUGACUGGCUCAUUCAAUGAAUGCGUCCCUGAAAGCGCUAACCCAUCUGGUGCCAUCUCGCAGUCUCCCAGCAGAGCAGUCUGUUGCAACGAAUGUUUGUCCUCCUUUCCUAGUUUACAGGACUAUAUGGAGCACCGCUGCCCUGGUACUCGUCCAUCUCUUGCGCUGAAGGAUGAGAGUGAAAGCGAUGUUAGCGAGGAAGGGGAGGAGGAAAGUGACGUUGAGAAUUUAGCAGGUGAAAUAGUGUAUCAACCUGACGGUUCUGCUUAUAUAGUGGAAAGUGUCAGCCAGCUGAUCCAAAGCGGUGAAGCCUGUGACAGUACCCCAAGCGAGGCUCUUCUUUCCCUUUACAAAAAUUCCUUGCCUAAUGCUACAGGGAAGUCUGAAGAGACAUCCUCUGUGGGCCCUUCUUAUCCCCAAAUUAUUAACACUUUCCACAUAGCCUCGUCUUUCAGGAAGUGGUUUGAGAAUUCUGACAAAUCUUUCCUGGAUACCUCAACCCUUGCGGGUGUAAGCCCUGUCCUGCACAGCUUCCGCGUUUUUGAUGUGCGCCACAAAAGCAACAAGGAUUACUUAAACAGUGAUGGUUCUGCCAAAAGCUCAUGUGUAUCCAAAGAUGUACCCAACAAUGUAGAUCUGUCCAAAUAUGAUGGCUUUGUACUGUAUGGUAAGAGGAAACCCAUUUUAAUGUGUUUUUUGUGCAAACUUUCCUUUGGCUAUGUGCGGUCAUUUGUGACCCAUGCUGUGCAUGACCAUAGAAUGACUCUAAGUGAGGAUGAGCGUAAGAUUCUUAGUAACAAGAACAUUUCUGCCAUCAUUCAAGGGAUUGGGAAAGAUAAGGAACCUCUUAUUAGUUUUCUGGAACCAAAAAACAAAAGUUUUCAGCAUCCCUUAGUUUCUUCUGCCAACACUACUGGACCUGGUAAUAGUUUUUAUGGGAAAUUUAGUGGCAUUCGCGUGGAGGGCGAUGAAGCCUUGCAAGCUAGCCUAGCACUUCUAAAAGACAGUGACACUACUUCCAGUGGGGCAGAUCAGGCACAGGUCAAUGUUGUGUCCCAAAAUACCCUGCUUAAUCUUGGAGGGUUGACAAACUCUUCCUUUAACACCACCAUAAACUCUGUCUCUUUAAGCUCCUCAGGCUCUUGUGCUACCAAACCUUCCUCUAGCAAGGAACCUGAAAUGACAGAGCUUGAGAAGCAUCCAAUGGUAGUACAAGAGGACAUAUCUGAAAGGAUGGAGGCAGAUGAUGAUGAUGAGGAUGAUGAGGAGGAGUUGGAUGAAGAAGAGAUGGAGGAAGAAGGUGAUGAGGAGGGGGAGGAUUGUAAAGCACUGUUUCCACGUGGGCUUGAGGAUGACUUUGUGGACAGACCUCAGGAUGAGUCUGGGGUGUUUGCCGAGAGCAGCGGCAAAAAGGACCUGGCUCUCACAAACCAAAGUAUUUCUAACUCUAAUUUAAUGCCUAAUGUGUCCCAGCCUAUGGAAAGGGGCAUACCUUCUACGUGUUCUUCUUCCUUCGUCGUCUUUGAUGGUGCAAACAGGAGGAACCAUUUAAGCUUUAACAGUGAUGGCAUUGAUGCCACUAUGGCGGAGGGAGGGAGGAAAUUGGACUUUGUUGAUGAAAGUGCCAAUAGGGACAAUGCCACAGCACCUGAACCAAAUGAAAGUGCAGAGGGAGAGGAUGGAAACUUUGCCACCCACCACCAGCAUGCCGAUAACCCCUGCGAGCUUGGCAUAGGGGAAUGCCCUUCUGGGAGUGGGGUGGAGUGUCCAAAAUGUGACACUGUUCUGGGCUCAUCACGCUCACUUGGUGGACACAUGACUAUGAUGCACUCUCGGAACUCAUGUAAGACUCUUAAGUGUCCAAAGUGUAACUGGCAUUACAAAUACCAGCAGACGCUGGAAGCACACAUGAAAGAAAAGCAUCCUGAGUCGGGUGGUUCUUGUGUCUACUGCAAAUCUGGACAGCCUCAUCCCCGCCUUGCCCGGGGAGAGAGCUAUACCUGUGGUUACAAGCCGUUCCGUUGUGAGGUCUGUAACUACUCCACUACUACCAAAGGCAAUCUCAGUAUUCAUAUGCAGUCGGACAAGCAUCUGAACAACAUGCAGAAUCUACAGAACGGAGGGAGUGACCAAGUUUUCAGCCACACUGCCGGGGUUGCGGUUGCCGCUGCCACUGCAGCUGCCGCUGCUGCUGCUGCUUCCAACAUCAGUAACUCUUGCGGGGCACCUUCACCUACUAAACCAAAAACCAAACCCACCUGGCGUUGUGAAGUGUGUGAUUACGAAACCAAUGUCGCUAGGAACCUACGCAUUCAUAUGACCAGUGAGAAGCACAUGCACAACAUGAUGCUGCUUCAGCAAAACAUGACCCAAAUUCAACAUGGCAGGCACUUGGGCAUCAGCAGCCUACCCUCUCCCGCUGAAGCGGACCUCUAUCAUUUCUAUCUAGCACAAAACAUGAAUCUCAAGAUGGACAGCCCAGCUAAUGAGUCGCAGUAUAUCAUGGGAGGUUUCCAACUAGAUCCUACCAGCCCUAUGCCAGGGAUGGCACCCUCAGUAGUAGGUGGUGAAAUCCCACUUGACAUGCGGCUGGGAGGAGGACAGCUGGUGUCGGAGGAACUCAUGAACCUGGGUGAGAGUUUCACGCAAACCAACGACCCUUCCCUGAAACUUUUCCAGUGUGCAGUGUGUAACCGCUUCACCACGGAUAACCUGGACAUGCUCGGCCUCCAUAUGGGAGCGGAACGCAGUCUGCCUGAGGAAGAAUGGAAGUCGGUGGUGGGAGAUUGUUACCAGUGUAAUUUAUGUCGCUAUAACACUCAGCUGAAGGCCAACUUCCAGCUGCAUUGUAAAACUGACAAACAUAUUCAGAAGUACCAGCUUGUGGCUCAUAUCAAAGAAGGAGGCAAAGCCAACGAGUGGAGGUUGAAAUGUGUAGCCAUUGGGAACCCAGUGCAUCUCAAGUGCAAUGCCUGUGACUAUUACACCAACAGCCUGGACAAGCUCCGUCUGCACACUGUGAACGCCAGACACGAGGCUAGCCUCAAGCUGUACAAGCACUUACAACAGCACGAGAGCGGGAUCGAGGGAGAGUCGUCCUACUACCACUGCGUGCUAUGCUCUUACUCCACCAAGGCCAAGCUGAACUUAAUUCAACAUGUCCGUUCUAUGAAACACCAACGCAGUGAAAGUCUGCGCAAACUGCAGAGGCUCCAGAAAGGACUUCCAGAAGAGGACGAAGACCUCGGCCAGAUCUUUACCAUCAGGACGUCUUCACCUCCUACAGAACCCGACGAUCCUACUGAAGACGCCGAUGGCUCUUGUGAAGCUGCUGCUGACCCAGAUGAAGCCCCGAAAGACCAGGAGCCUGAAGGAUCCACGGAGAGCAGCAGAGGUGCAGCAUCUUCUGUCCUUGCUGAGAAGGAUCAUCCAGACUCCAUGCCUGCCAAGCUAUCGUCGGUCUCAAACACUGAACCUCCUUUGGCCAAGCGACAGAAGUGUGCCGACGAGAAGAAAAUCGAGCAGCUCUACCAGUGUCCAUACUGCAAGUACAGCAACUCGGAUGUGAACCGUCUGAGAGUCCACGCCAUGACCCAGCACUCUGUCCAGCCCAUGCUGAGGUGCCCGCUCUGCCAGGACAUGCUAAACAACAAGAUCCACCUGCAGCUGCACCUCACCCAUUUGCACAGCGUGGCGCCCGACUGCGUGGAAAAGCUUAUCGUCACGGUAACUUCUCCAGAGAUGCUUAUGCCGAGCAGUAUGUUCUUACCAGUCAGUUCACCGGAGAGAGAGAAAACUGCAUCCAUCUCUGAAAAUACAGAGAAGGUUUCAGAACCGGCUGAAGCGGUGUCUAGGAGUGCAGCUGUUCCUGAAGGGACUGAGCUGAGUACAGAACAGAAAGCACCUGCAGGUGACAGCAAUUCUGCGAGAGAAGAUUCGGGAUUCUUAUGUUGGAAGAAAGGAUGUAACCAAGUGUUUAAAACCUCUGCUGCUCUCCAGACGCAUUUCAACGAAGUUCACAACAAGCGCCCUCAAUUGCCAGUCUCUGAUCGCCACGUUUACAAGUAUCGCUGCAACCAGUGCAGCUUAGCUUUCAAGACCAUUGAAAAGCUUCAGUUGCAUUCACAGUAUCACGUGAUCCGUGCUGCCACCAUGUGCUGUCUUUGCCAGAGAAGCUUCCGCACAUUCCAAGCUCUUAAGAAGCAUCUGGAAACCAGCCAUCUGGAGCUGAGCGAGUCUGACAUUCAGCAGCUGUACAGUGGGCUUUUAGUAAAUGGAGACAUUACAAAUGUGGGAGAUGCUUCAAUGGCAGAUGAUCAGAGCAUGCUGGUAGAUGAUGAAAAGGAGGAUGAGAGUGAUCUAGAAGAUAAGCAGAGUCCCACAGGGAGUGAUUCAGGGUCUUUGCAAGAGGACUCCGGUUCUGAACCGAAGCGAGCGCUUCCUUUCCGUAAGGGCCCAAAUUUUACAAUGGAGAAGUUUUUGGAUCCAUCCCGACCCUAUAAGUGUACAGUAUGCAAAGAGUCUUUCACCCAGAAGAACAUUCUGUUGGUCCAUUACAAUUCUGUCUCUCAUCUGCACAAACUUAAGAGAGCAUUGCAAGAAUCAACAACUGGGCAGCCCGAGCCCACCAGUAGCCCAGACAACAAACCGUUCAAGUGCAACACCUGUAAUGUUGCAUACAGCCAGAGCUCCACUCUUGAAAUCCAUAUGAGGUCUGUUUUACACCAAACAAAGGCCCGUGCAGCAAAACUAGAAGCAGCAAGUGGUAGCAGCAGUGGAGUUAGCGCCAGCAGUACUUGUACGUCUGCGACCUCCACAACAACCUCAAAUCCUGUCAGUAGCAGUGUCACCACCAUUUCAACCUGUACAACAACAGUUACACCUGCAGUGAGCUCCAGUUCCAUGAGUCAAGCGCCUUCUGAACCAGUGGUCAACACUUGCCCAACUGGUCUAAUUGCAGCUGGCGUUUCUUGCCCUCCUGAACACAAAGAUGUUAACCGUAAAAAAUUAGCAGACAUGAUAGCUUCCCGGCAGCAUCAACAACAGCAGCAGCAGCAACAACAACAAGCCCAGACAUUGGCACACGCCCAGGCACAGGUGCAAGCCCAUUUCCAGCAAGAGCUGCAACAGCAAGCUGCCAUCUUGCAAUCUCAACUGUUGAACCAAACUCUUCUCCCUCAUUUUCCCAUGACCACUGAGACAUUGCUUCAACUCCAGCAGCAGCAACACUUACUGUUUCCUUUCUACAUCCCCAGUACGGAUUUCCAGUUCAACCCAGAAGUCAGUUUGCCCCUGACUAGUGGCACGCUAACUUUGACAGGAAGUAGCGCAGGUUUGCUUGAAGACAUGAAGACUCCACUACAACUUGCACAACAAGCUCAUCCUCACCAUUCGCAUCUCCUCCAACAGCAGCAAAUUCAGGCGUGCAUGUCCGAGACUCACUCCACACUUCUGCAGCCAUCAGAACAAAAGAACAAAUCUGGGAAAGAAAGUCUAAAGGAGCUAAAGAAAGAAAAAGAGUUGUCCGAGAGAGCGGAUGAAAUGACAGCAGUUAGUGAGUCUGUAUCCGAUUCUUUGAAGUGUAAAGAAAAGAAAGACUUUGCGACUAGUUCCUCCUCUUCAGAGACUCUUUUGCUUCCACCUCGUAUUGCUUCAGAUGCUCGAGGGAAUGCCACCAAAGCCUUGCUCGAAAAUUUUGGUUUUGAACUUGUAAUUCAAUACAAUGAAAACAAACAGAAAGCACAGAAAAAGAAUGGGAAGAGUGAACAAACCGACUGUUUAGAGAAAUUAGAAUGCAGCUCAUGUGGAAAGCUUUUCUCCAAUAUACUUAUACUCAAAAGCCACCAGGAGCAUGUUCACCAACGCUAUUUGCCCUUUAAGCGACUAGAACAAUUUGCCAAGCAAUACAGAGACCACUAUGAUAAGUUAUAUCCAUUGAGGCCUCAAACGCCAGAGGCUGCCCCACCACCCCCGCCACCUCCUCCUCCACCACCACCACCUCCGCCACCUCCUCCAGCAACUCCACAACCUGCUGUCACACCAACCAUGCCGGUCUCUGCUCCUUCUCUCACUCCGCCUAGCAUUUCACCAGCACAGUCAUCGGUGUCAUUAGCUCAACUUUCAAUGCCAAUGGAACUGCCAAUUUUUUCACCGCUCAUGAUGCAAACAAUGCCCAUGCAGUCAAUGCCAGCCCAGUUGCAACCACAGUUGGGGUCAGUAGACACCCUUUCUGCCGACUUGGCCCAGUUAUAUCAACAUCAAUUAAAUCCCAAUCUCCUGCAGCAGCAAAACAAGAGGCCAAGGACCAGGAUCACUGAUGAUCAACUAAGAGUACUAAGGCAAUAUUUCGAUAUCAAUAAUUCCCCAAGUGAGGAACAGAUUAAAGAAAUGGCUGAUAAAUCUGCAUUGCCACAAAAAGUCAUUAAGCACUGGUUUAGAAACACUCUUUUUAAGGAGCGUCAACGCAACAAAGAUUCCCCUUAUAAUUUUAAUAAUCCUCCCAUUACUAGCUUGGAAGAACUGAAGAUUGAUUCUAGGCCGCCAUCUCCAGAGCCUCAAAAACAUGAAUACUGGGGAAAUAAGAGGUCUUCCAGAACGCGCUUUACAGACUACCAGCUUCGCGUUCUCCAAGACUUUUUUGAUGCCAAUGCCUAUCCAAAAGAUGAUGAAUUUGAGCAGCUUUCAAAUCUACUCAACCUUCCUACACGCGUUAUUGUGGUCUGGUUCCAGAAUGCUCGGCAAAAAGCACGAAAGAACUACGAAAACCAAGCUGAUGGCAAGGAAGGAGAGAGACGAGAGCUAUCAAAUGACCGGUAUAUCCGUACGAGCAACUUAAACUACCAAUGUAAAAAGUGCAGUUUGGUGUUUCAGAGGAUUUUUGACCUUAUUAAACAUCAGAAAAAGUUGUGCUAUAAAGAUGAAGAUGAAGAUCUGCAUUAUGACAGCCAAAAUGAGGAUUCGAUGGAUGCUACUGACUUGCUGACUCCAUCAAGCUCAUCAUGUAGUACUCCUAUGCCCUUUCAAUCUUUUAGCAAUGCAGCUUCAACGUCUACAAACACAGCCUGCACAUCUUUCUCUCAACAUUUGAUGGACAUGGAUGAGCCUUCUGUGUAUAGUACUAAAUCGGACACUACCCAAGAUGAUAAACCAAAGCCUUUUGAAUUUCCAAGGACGCAGCAAAACCAAACUCAAGAACAGCCACAGCAACCAAAGCAAGAGCUGCAGCAGCCUCAGAGCGCACAGUCUCAACCUCCACAGCAGGAUCAAUCCGAACAAAAAUCUAGUGCAACGCCACAAAAGCUUCCACCAAUCUCCUCUCCAUCCAUGCAAACGCAAGCCUCGCACUGUUCUAUGACUCAGUCAAGUCCAAACACGGUGCAGAUCUCUCACCAUCCUAUGAAGUCCCUUCAUUCGACAACUCAACAGUUGCCCAAUUUGUCACAUCAGUUAAUUCCAUAUCAAUGUGAUCAGUGCAAGCUGGCAUUCCCUUCCUUUGAACAUUGGCAAGAGCAUCAGCAGCUCCAUUUUCUUAGUGCUCAGAAUCAGUUUAUUCAUCCUCAGUUUUUGGAUCGACCAAUAGAUAUGUCCUUUAUGCUUUUCGACCCCAGUAAUCCACUUCUAGCUGGACAGCUGCUUUCUGGGGGACUUUCUCAAAUGCCAACUGGUUCGGCUACGUCUCCUUCAACACCAUCCUCCACAAUGAACUCUCUCAAGAGAAAACUGGAAGAAAAAGCUAGUGCAAGUCCAGGGGAGAACGAUAGCGGAACAGGUGGCGAUGAACCACAUAGGGACAAGCGAUUAAGAACCACAAUUACACCGGAGCAACUAGAGAUCUUGUACCAGAAAUACUUGCUAGAUUCUAACCCAACACGUAAAAUGCUGGAUCAUAUUGCCCAUGAAGUCGGACUGAAGAAGAGGGUGGUUCAGGUGUGGUUUCAGAACACUCGUGCAAGGGAAAGAAAAGGUCAGUUUAGAGCGGUUGGCCCAGCACAGGCUCACAGACGUUGCCCUUUUUGCCGAGCUUUAUUUAAGGCAAAAACUGCACUGGAAGCUCACAUACGGUCCCGACAUUGGCAUGAAGCAAAACGAGCUGGCUAUAAUAUGAAUUUAUCAGCAAUGCUGGUUGAUUGUGAUGGAGGAAUCCACAUGAAAGAUCUUUUUGACAGUAAUGCAUUUCAUAACUUGCCACAUAACAGCAAUGAUGGACAGUGUAUUUCCCUUUCCCCAGUGAGUAAAUCUAUAGAUCUUUCUCCUCGGACUCUGCUCAGCCCAUCAUCCAUUAAAGUAGAAGGCAUGGAAGAUUUUGAGAGCCCUUCCAUCUCAUCUGUCAAUUUAAGCUUUGAUCAGACUAAAUUAGACAACGAUGAUUGCUCCUCAGUGAAUACUGCUAUAACUGACACCACAACAGGAGAUGAAGGCAAUGCCGACAACGACAGCACAACGGGCAUGUUGGCCGACAACAAAUCUACAUCUGCAACUAGUGACUGCUUGCAGAAAUCUGCCAUGUUGGCCAUGUCGGAGUAUGAGGACCAAAUGUCUUCUGGAUUGGUCAGCCCUGCUCCAAGCUAUUACAGCAAAGAGUAUGAGAAUGAAGGUAUAAUUGAUUAUAGUGAAACUUCCAGUCUGGCAGAUCCUUGUUCUCCUAGCCCAGGUGCAAGCGGCUCCGCUGGCAAGUCUGGGGACAGUGGGGAUCGACCUGGUCAAAAAAGAUUUCGAACACAAAUGACAAAUCUUCAGCUGAAAGUACUCAAAUCCUGUUUUAAUGAUUAUAGAACACCAACCAUGUUGGAGUGUGAAGUCCUGGGCAAUGAUAUUGGACUGCCAAAGAGAGUUGUCCAAGUGUGGUUUCAAAAUGCCCGGGCAAAAGACAAGAAGUCCAAACUUAGUAUGGCCAAGCACUUCGGUAUAAACCAAACUAACUAUGAGGGACCCAAAACAGAGUGCACUUUGUGUGGUAUUAAAUAUAGCGCACGUCUGUCCGUGCGAGAUCAUAUCUUCUCCCUGCAGCAUAUCUCCAAAGUUAAGGAAGCUAUUGGAAGCCAGUUAGACAAGGAGAAAGAGUACUUUGAUCCGGCCACUGUUAGACAACUAAUGGCUCAGCAAGAGUUGGAUAGAAUUAAAAAAGCCAAUGAGGUUCUGGGUUUGACUCCACAACAACAGGGUGUGUUUGAAAACCCCUCCCUACAAGCACUCAAUCUUCCAACACCAUACUCAUCCCUACAAGGUAUCCCUCCAGUACUGUUACCCGGUAUCAACAGCCCAUCUUUGCCAGGAUUUACCCCUGCUAAUACAGCUUUAAGUUCUCCCAAAUCCAAUGUGAUGGGCAUGUCCAACACCACAGUUCCUUCACCUGGGCUCCCUACUUCUGGGCAACCAAACAAACAGCCUCCCAAGUCGUUAAGCCCCAGCAUCCCUUCACAGACGCUCCCUGUACCUGCUCCCCAACCUCAAGAGUUGCAGAAAGAAAAAGACGGUGAGAAGUUGAAAGAGAAGGAAAGGGUGAAAGCACUAAAGAAAGAGAAGGGGGAAACUCAAGCAUCCACUUCCAGCUCGAUGCCUGGCAUGGAGUAUGUGGUAGAUCCAUCCCAGCUGCAGGCUUUGCAAGCAGCCUUGACAUCGGAUCCAUCUGCCUUGCUCACGAGCCAGUUUCUUCCUUACUUUGUUCCUGGCUUUUCUCCUUACUACAGUGCUCAGAUUCCAGGAGCCUUGCCGGGUGGUUACCUGCAGCCAAUGUAUGGAAUGGAAAGUCUGUUCCCUUACAACCCAGCAAUCUCCCAAGCUCUGAUGGGGAUUUCACCAAAUUCGUUGCUACAACAAUAUCAACAGUAUCAGCAAAGCUUACAAGAAGCCCUACAGCAGCAGCAGCGCCAGCUCCAAAUGCAGCAGCAAAAACAGCAGCAGCAACAUCACCACCAUCAAAGACUGCAGCAGCAACAGCCCAAAGCAAGCCAAACCCCAACACCUUCUAUUGUUUCUCCCUCUAACAAAGACCCUGCCAAAGACUCCCCAAAGAUGGAAGAACGUAACCCUGCAGCCCUUGAGGUAUUGCACUCCAAAAAGCACCCAGAAGAAGUGGAAAACCAAGGUGCAGACUGUCUCUUGGACCCACUUAUAGUCCCAAAGGUGCAGUACAAGUUGGUCUGCCGGAAGUGUGAGCUGAGCUUCAGCAGUGAGGAGGCGGCUAUUAGCCAUGUGAAGUCCCUCUGCUACUUUGGCCAAUCUGUGGUUAACCUGCAAGAGUUUGUGACCUGUGUCCCCACUGGUGACAGUAGCGGCUCCUACCGCUGCUUAGGCUGUGAGGCCACUAUGUGUGGGAGCGAUGCUCUGCGUCAACAUCUGGAGUCACCCUUGCACAAACACAGAACAAUCAAAAGAACAGCAAGAAAUGCCAAAGAGCACCCUAGUUUAUUACCUCACUCUGCCUGCUUCCCCAAUCCUGACACCGCAUCUACCUCUCAGUCCGCGGCUGACUCCAAAGCCAGCCGCUCACCUCCUUCCCCUUCUGCUUCUCCCCACGCCUCCACAAAGACUUGGUCUCACAGUACUCCCAGAAAACCACCUCCUCUCCCCACAUUCUCCUCAUCCUCAACAGUUACCUCAAGCCCGUGCAGCACCUCAGGGGUUGCGACCUCCUUUCCAACAGACGGUUUCUCUGAGGAAUCUGAUUCGGACCUCAGCCAAAAGUCUGACAGGGUGGGAAGUCCCGUAGGCGCUCCUGAGAACCCAAGCUGUCACGAGGACGGCUCUCGAACUGCUGUGGGAGUGGGUUCUUUACGACUGUAGACUUCGGAGUUGGACGAUGAUAUAAUAAUAAUAAAUAUGAAUUUUAAAUAAUAAAAGAUAAAUAACAAAACCAGUUUCACAAACAAAAUACUGCAAAUUCCAAAGCUUUUAACCAAAAAAAAAGAGGAACCCCUCCCUCCCCCCCAGUGUGGAUUUUUAAUUCCUGCACCUAACCCACUGCCCUGUUUUCUUCCCCUUUAACCUAGUGUCGCAUCCGGCUGUAACACAGGGAACUGGGCCCAACCUUUUCUUGUCCCUUUUUGUGGAGAUCGGCAGCCCUUUUGCUCAUCUAGAAUGGCUUUGUUAAGAAGAAACCAAUGGAAUUGUGUUAUUCUCAGGUCAAAUGUUCACACCGUGUUCUGACUCUGGUCUUGGAAUUUUAUAUAUACAUAUAUAUGGAUAGGGAUAUAUAUGUGUGUGUAUAUAUGUAUUUAUUUUAUUUUAUUUUUUUAUGAUUUUAUUUUAAUUUUUUUUCUUUUGG